AUGAGGCCUGACGGCAGUAGACCGCGUUUGACCAGAGCUCCUUCAACCCCAGAUACUUUCCAGUAUUGCUCAUCUACACCAGAGAAGGUAAACGAUAAGGCUGGCGACCGGACGGCAUUGGGAUCAUCUCCGGUAACCCGGUGCUUGACAGGUUCCAGAGAAAUGUCCGAUUCAGGUCGCACCAUUGGAAAAGUGUCGCGGCCCACUCGAUGUGGAGUGGACAUGUCUGGAAAUGCCCUGAACUCAGAGACGGGAUUGCAGGUGCCAACAGCCGACACAAUGGGCUGUGAGACCGGGCUGUCGUCCCCGCCAAGGGUUUGCCCGAACAAGGAUGACCGUUUGCACUCAGACGUGGGCAACCGCUAUGUUUAUCGCCAGGCCACACUCGGCGCCGACAGUCCGAUAUAA